CUUUCUAGCGGGACUCUUCUCCCCCUUCCCCGUUCUUUCCACGACUGUGCGUGUCUAUCUAUCUCAUCCUGCGUGUGCGCCAUCCUCCUCCAUAUCGUCCGUGCCUCUUCAUUUUUGUUCAAUUCUUCAGGUGACUUUGACAUCUCUAGCAGAACAUAAGGACAUCUCAAAAGGAAUACCACGAUAAGUGGGAAGGUCACUGAACGUAAUGGCGGGCGGAUACUUCGAUAUUCCCAUUUCCACCUCCAGACGCUCCAGCUUCUCUGAUAGCACCGCUGGAGGUGUCAGUCGUGCCUCUCCUGGGCCGCGUCUCUCUCCCCUCCCGACCCCCACUGAAGGUUUCGAGCCCGCUGGAGCUCAGGGCAGGCAUCGGAAUGCAGGCAUUCUAAAAAGCACGAAUCGAGUCAAGUUCACCGUAAGCGAGCACGGCAUCGAGCCUGGUCCACCCGGAUCGACGUCAGACGCCCGGUUUUCCCACCAUGAUCGAAGGGGCUCUUCAUCCUUGCCCCAAAGACCGUUGCCUAUCGCCAGCAUUCCUGCCGUCGACAAAGUCGCCGACUCCCAAUCGCUGCCACUCGUGGAUACGGCUCCCGGUGCCCCGGUAGAUGUCACGGGCUUGACGAUCCACUCGCGGGCAAGCUCCCCCGGCGUUCUCGUGGAGGAUGACUUCAGUCUGGAGAAGGGCAGAGCUAUCCACUUUGCCCAGGAAAGAGCUCAACGGUUGGCUUCCCUCCUCGGUCGUUCGUCUUCUUCCAAAUCGCCCCGCCGCAGUCCACGCUCCAGUCUGCCGUCAUCCGUUGCGUCCACUCCCACAGAGGUGGCCCUUCCUUCUGAAGAUGGGGAUGAGAUUCCCAUGAUCAGUCUGUCCGAGAAACAAUAUUACGACGACUUCUCCGACGAUGAAGACCGGUCUACGGACCGCCGUCAAUCCAAUCGCACCUCCGAAGCCCAUCAGCUCGUGCGACAAAUGGCUCGAAAAGACCUCAACUUCUUGACCAGGAUCCGUGCUCCCUCCCCCGGUCUCCGCUCGGGUCAGGUCACUCCCCUCGAGGAGCGGGACCCCGACAACUAUGUCGAGCGCCCAACCCACUACCGAGGGGGCAUCCUCUCCUCCUUGCUUAAGCUCUACGACCAGCAGCCUCAGCCUCAGCCCGGUCAAGGCCAAUACCCUCCUCGUGGCCGUUAUGCCCACUCCCGCCAGGGGAGCUCGGGCGAGUUCAGUGCUCGUGGUCUCUCCCCCGAUCCGAACUGGAAGCCCCAGCUCCAAAAGCCCCGCAAAUGUAGCGGCGCCAUGUCCGGCAUGUCCAAGCGCUUUGGCAAACCUCAAUUAGAGGAUGAGAUUCGCAUCACCGUCCAUAUCGCGGAGCUUCUCUCGAGGCAGCGAUAUGUGAUUCUCCUCUGCCGUGCUCUGAUGAAAUUUGGUGCCCCGACCCACCGUCUGGAGGAGUACAUGAAGAUGACGGCACGCGUUCUGGAGAUCGAUAGCCAGUUCUUGUACAUACCUGGCUGCAUGAUCAUUUCUUUUGACGAUUCUUCCACCCAUACCACCGAAGUCAAGGUCGUACGAUCCCCCCAGGGUGUCGACCUGGGCAGUAUGGCCGACACACAUACCAUCUAUAAGGAGGUUAUUCACGAUGUGAUCGGCGUUGAAGAAGCCAUCCAGCGGCUGGAAGACGUCAUGAAGGAAAAGAACAAACACAAGAUCUGGUUUCUCAUCUUUAUGUACGGAUGCGCCAGCGCUACAGUGUCUCCUUUUGCCUUCGAAGGCCGACCGAUCGACAUGCCCAUCGCCUUUGUUCUCGGAUGCCUCGUGGGCACAUUGCAACUCGUCCUCUCUCCCCGGUCAAACCUGUACGCAAAUGUCUUUGAAAUCUCGGCUGCGGUCCUGACCUCCUUCCUGGCGCGCGCCUUUGGCAGCAUCAGAUACAAUAAUGAACGCCUCUUUUGUUUCUCCACCCUUGCUCAGUCCUCUAUUGCGCUGAUCCUUCCUGGGUAUACAGUGCUGUGUGCCAGUCUGGAACUGCAGUCACGCAGCAUUGUCGCCGGUUCGGUGCGCAUUGUCUACGCCAUCAUCUACUCUUUAUUCCUUGGGUUUGGCAUCACUAUCGGCACUGCCGUCUACGGUUUGCUGGAUUCUGAUGCGUCUGCUGAAUACACAUGUGCCGCCAGCCCGAUCCACAACGAAUACCUGCAACGCUUCCCCUUCGUCAUUCUGUUCACUGUCUGCCUCGCUGUCGUCAAUCAGGCCAAGUGGAAACAGCUUCCCAUGAUGAUCUUCAUCUCCUUCGCGGGCUACGUGGUCAACUACUUUAGCUCCAAACGCUUUGCCUCGAAUACGCAAAUAUCCAACGCCAUGGGAGCGUUUGUCAUUGGCGUGAUUGGAAACCUCUACAGUCGACUACGACAUGGGAUUGCAGCGGCAGCCAUGUUACCCGCCAUCUUUGUGCUCGUCCCGUCUGGGCUGGCCGCCAGCGGUUCUCUGAUUUCGGGAAUCACGUCGGCUGAGGAGAUCACAAAAAAUUCAUCCUCAUAUUCGGUCAUCUCCAACGGCACGCAGGGAUUCAUGGAUGCUGCCAAAGGCAUAUCCCAGCAGCAGUCCUCGCAGAACCAGUUUCACGGCGUCGUCUUUGACAUUGGAUAUGGAAUGAUCCAGGUUGCCAUUGGGUUCACUGUGGGACUCUUCCUUGCUGCUUUGGUUGUGUACCCUCUUGGGAAGAAACGAAGCGGGCUUUUCGCCUUUUAAACUCGUCCACCUCACCUACCACCACUUUACAACUUUACGAUCGUCCUUUCGCAAAGAAAUAUGUUUUGCUUCAUGGAUUUGUUGCUCUUGGUUGCUUUU